AUUAAAAUUGGUUCUUCUAGUUUACAUGUUUUUAGUCUAUGCAACGCCAUUGUAAAAAGAAAAAAAGUUUCUGUCCGUUGUCCUGACAAUUGACUUCAGCUUGACAAGCCUGUAUUCUAUCAAAUAGACAAUUUUAAAUUCACAAUUCACAUUUUUGUAGAAUUUGUAACAACAUUUUGAGAUAAGUGGGACGUGUACACUCGAUCCUUUUUAAAAAUGACUACAAUAAGACCAUUUACGUGUGAAGAUAUGUUGAAAUUCAACAAUGUAAAUUUGGACCCUUUGACUGAAACUUAUGGCUUAUCAUUUUAUACUCAAUAUUUAGCUCACUGGCCGGAAUAUUUUCAAGUUGUCGAAUCUCCAAGUGGAGAAAUAAUGGGAUACAUUAUGGGAAAAGCAGAGGGACAUGGUGAGAACUGGCAUGGUCAUGUAACAGCAUUGACUGUAGGCCCUGAAUACCGGAGACUAGGCCUUGCAGCUACUUUGAUGAACAUUUUGGAAGAUGUGUCAGAGAAGAAAAAAGCAUAUUUUGUAGACCUAUUUGUAAGAGUUAGCAACAAAGUUGCAAUUAACAUGUACAAGAACUUGGGCUACAUAGUGUAUAGAACAGUAUUAGAAUAUUAUUCUGGAGAUCCAGAUGAAGAUGCCUAUGAUAUGAGGAAAGCUUGUUCUAGAGAUGUCAAUAAAAAGUCUGUGAUACCAUUGACACAUCCAGUCCGACCAGAAGAUGUGGAUUAAUAUGGAAAAAUAAAUAAAAUAAAAUUACAGAAAAUCUUUUAUUUUGAUCUUAUUUUAAACAUCAAAUUAACUUUCAUCCUCUUUUUCAUUCUGCUCCUGUGGUUGUGGAGGUGUUUGUUCUUCUUCACUAUUGUUAUCAUCAUCAUCAUUAUUAUCAUCCUCCUUUGUUUCUUCUUGAUUAGUUUUGGUUUCUGAUUCAGCUGGUUGUAAGACUUCUUUUUGUUUACGCCAUUGUUUUGCAGCAGCGAGAAGUUUAAGAUUAGGUCUAACCAUUUCAUCUUCUGGGAAAAUGUAAUCAAAUACUUCUUCCCAUCCUUCUUCAACACCACUUUCACUAAUAAUCUUCUGUCUCUUUUUAACUCUUCGUGGCAUUUUAGAUAGGACCUUUUCAAGUUUUUCUUCCUCACCAAUUUCUGUUUCAAAGUCUUUCCAUGCUUCCAGUAGAAGUACUCUGGCCUCUUUUUCACCAGCACUUCUGAGGCUAUCAUUAGCACGCUCAUAUACACGCCUCGCUAGAUCUACAUUGAUAUCAUCAGGGUUUUCGGCAUUUAAUUCAAACUUUGCAUAGGAAAGCCAAACUUUUACAUGGACUGUUCUCUCCAACAACCUUUCAUAGAGUUGUCUUGCCUUUUCUGUUUCUCCUUGUUGUACUUCAAAGUCUAUGUAACUUUUCCAUAACAGCUCUGGCAUAUCAAGUCUUGGCUGUCCCACUGCUAUUUCAUAAAUAGCUCUAGCCCUAUCUGUAUCACCAAGUAAUGUUUCUAACUCUGCAAACUUUAUCCAUGUUAUGCAAUUUUCUGGGCCAUAUUCUAAGAACUUUUGAUAUAAUAUUCUACAUCUAUCAAAUUCUCUCAAUUGAAUUUCCAUAUCAAUGUAACCCCUGUAAAGUUUGUCUCUUGGACAGAUUCCAAGAGCCAUACCUAAGGUCUUUCUUGCUUGUUUUAAGUCUUUGCAUCUUACUUCAAAUUGGGCAUACAUCAGCCAUAUUUUGGAAAAUGUAAAUAUCUUGUGCGGUAUUAAUUCCAGACAUGUUCUAUAGACUUGCCUCGUUCUUUCAGUGUCUUCUGCUUCUAAUUCUUCAUAUAGAGCAUAAUUAAUCCACAAAUAUAUGUAUCGUCGCCAGAACUGCUUGUCUUUAGACGGAGGCACAUUGGCUAUAGCUCUUUCAUAAGUAUCCCUGAUGUCAUCAACAUUUCCUUCAUUCUCAACCAGUCUAAUAUAAUCAAACCAAGCAUCAUAGUUAGUUGGAUUCUCAAUUACUUCCUGUUCAUACAUAUACUUCCUCUUGUUUACAAUAACAUCUUCAAUACCAGACCUAUCCCCAUAUUUUUUCUCAUGUAUUGUAUAUGCUUUGUAUAAUUCCUUAUUUCUGUCUUUUGGAAUAUGGUCUAAUGCAUAUUUGUAAAUAACUCUAGCUCUAUCAUGUUCUUUUUGAUUUUCUUCAAACUUAGCAAAGGCAAUAAACAGUCUUUCAUCAAGAUCUUCAUCACCAAAGAACUCAACAGCUCUUUCAAAUACUUUUCUGGCACCAUUUAUAAAUCCAUGAUUUUCUUCAAACCUUGCAUAUUUGAUCCAGUUCUUAACAUCAGGAUGCACCAUAACAAACCUUUCAUAGAUCUGUCUAGCUCUGUCCAGUUCUUUGUAUCUUAGUUCAAAGUUUAUGUAUGUUUGCCAUGCUUGUUCAUCUGGCUGCCACUCCAUCCAGCGUUC